AUGGCCGCAACCCCGACAACACCGCUGACCCAGGUGCUUCCGCCCCUCAUCCUGGGGGGCGCUGGGUUUAGUUAUCAACAUACGCCAAACCCGAACCCAGAACGGACAAGAGAAGUCUUGACGCGGGCCUUUGAACUUGGAAUCCGCGCCAUCGACACCUCGUCGUACUACGAACCGUCCGAGGAGCUGCUCGGCGAAGCGUUGUCACAUCCGGAGUUCAGCUCUCGCUACGGCCGCGAUGAUUAUAUCCUCAUGACCAAGGUUGGCCGUGUCAAUGCUACAAAGUCCGACUACUCUCCGGAAUGGAUUAGAUACUCGGUUGGUCGUUCACUGCAGCGACUACGGACGAGCUACCUGGACGUCGUGUUCUGUCAUGAUAUCGAACUAGUUGCGGAGGACAGCGUAUUGGAGGCAGUUGGAGUGCUGUUGGAGAUGGUGGCGGCUGGAACAGUCCGCUAUGUUGGGAUAUCGGGCUAUCCAAUCGACACCUUAGCCAGGGUCGCUCGUCGCGUACGAGAUGUAUAUGGCCGGCCGCUGGAUGUAAUACAGAACUGGGCGCAGAUGACGCUGCAGAACGAUCGGUUGGAGAGGCAAGGGCUACAAGCAUUCAAAGAAGCUGGCGUGUGCAGUGUAUGCAACUCUAGCCCUCUUGCAAGCGGACUUCUGCGCGAUGAAGGUGUACCGAUUGCUGCGCUAGGAGACUGGCAUCCAGCGCCAGACGGGCUGCGUGGAGCCGCGCAUGCCGCGGCAGGCUACGUCGCAUCGCAGGGAGAUUCAUUAGCCAGGCUGGCGCUUCGAUAUGCACUGCGUCGGGCGCAGAAUUGUUCAACAGCAGAAACUCGCGUUGGCACGAUUAUGGGAGGCACAUCAGUGUCCGAGAUUGAGGAAAACAUCACAACGGCGAUGCGGGUGCUGCGGCGGGAUGGUGGGACAUGGAAAUGGGAUUGUAAUGACGAGCAGGCAUUGGGUUCAACCGGUAGCAAGAGGGAUUUAGAUUCAGAUCUGCGCUUGUUCGCAGGCGUCCAGGAAAUUCUGGGCGAGUGGAGGAAUUACAGCUUCUCAGAUGGGAACGCGGAGAGGGAGGAGGCAGCUGUCCAGACGAAGCUGUAA